ACUUUAAACGUAAUGGGCCGGAGAAAAAGUAAACGGAAGCCACCAAGUAAAAAGAAAGCUAUUCAACCGCUAGAUACACAAUUUAAUUGUCCGUUUUGCAAUCACGAAAAAUCAUGUGAGGUUAAGAUGGAUAAGUCGAGGAACACAGCUAGAAUUACUUGCAGAGUCUGCUUAGAAGACUUUCAAACCACGAUCAAUUUACUUUCAGAACCUUUAGAUGUGUAUAAUGAUUGGAUUGAUGCAUGUGAAAGUGCAAACUAAAUUUUACUAUCUUUGUAUCAGGUUAAUGCUAAUAGUAUUAUUUAUUUCUUUUAAAUGCAAAUUGUCAGCACUUUAAUAUAAAUGGAUAUCACAUCAUGUGCAAUGCAUAAGCAACAACUUAAUGCUAUACAUAUAUUCUAUAAAUCAAUGAAAAGACAUUUAGUUUCAUAAAUUUAAUAUUUCAUUAGUUUAAAGUAAUAAAACUUGAUAUAUAUAUAUAUCCCAUACGUAGUUUAUUAAGUAUUAUAUCGUAUUAUUUUUAAUCAUACAUGAUAUUUGUAUAAUCAUAUUUAUAUAUGAGCUUCUUGUACUUAUUAAAUAAGGAUAUGAAUGUUUACAUUAAAAAUAACAAAAAUAUUAUAUGACUGCUAUAACCUACGGAUAUUUAUAUGAAAAGAAGACACAUAAUGUUUUUACUGUAUGUUUAUAUUAUAAAACUUAUGAAGUUGUAAGAUAAUGACAAUAUGAAUAAAAUAGUCUUUGCUAUAA